GUUUUGAUUAAGGUUUAAAAUUUUUAAUUGGUUUGAGUGAGAGAGAGAGAGAGAGAGAGUUAGAAAGAUGAGAAAAAGAUUGGAGGAUGAUUCUGAAAAAGGUUGCCUGCCAUGUGUUUGAUGAAAUUUCUCUUAGACAAUAGGUGGUACAUAAAUAAUCCUUUGAUUGAUUCAAUUCUUUCUUUUUCCCAUAUUGAUAUAAAAUAUUUGGCAUUUUGUCGGAUUCACAAGAGUUGUCAUCGAUUUCUUGGCUUGGUUGGUUUUACUGGUUUGUUUGUUGUUCAAUUCUAAGAUUUCCAACAUAAUCAAACAAAGCAAUAUGUGGCACUGGUAUGAAACUAGGAAAUAUUGGCACACCUUUGGGGUUUGUAAUUUGGAACACCGGAUUACAAACCAUGCUGCAGAAUGCGAUUUUGGGUGUAGGUCCAUUCCUUGAAGACAGUGCGUGGGGUUGUCUUGAUCUUAAUUCAUUGUGAAGCUCAAAUUCUCAACAAAAAUGGCAAUCUUCCAAGCGAGGACCUGGCUUUCCAGAAGUUUUUCAACUCUCUCUUCCCAUCCGUUGCGCGUUUGUGUCGUUGGAAGUGGACCCGCUGGAUUCUACACUGCUGAAAAGAUGCUGAAGGCACAUCAAGAAGCGGAAGUUGAUAUCAUCGAUAGAUUGCCAACGCCAUUUGGACUAGUACGGUCCGGUGUAGCACCUGAUCAUCCUGAAACAAAGAUUGUCAUCAACCAGUUUUCUCGGGUUGCACGCCACAACCGGUGCUCAUUUUUUGGAAAUGUGACCCUUGGGUCUUCAGUUUCCCUUUUGGAGCUUCGUGAGUUGUACCAUGUGGUUGUUCUUGCCUACGGUGCUGAAAGUGACAGAGAGCUUGGUAUUCCAGGAGAAGAUCUGGUUGGCAUUCAUUCAGCCAGAGAAUUUGUUUGGUGGUAUAAUGGGCACCCAGAUUGCAAAAACCUAGAUCUCGACUUGAAGGACACUGAUACAGCUGUCAUUCUUGGCCAGGGUAAUGUAGCUCUUGACGUAGCACGUAUCCUUUUACGACCAGCAACAGAAUUAGCAACAACUGAUAUUGCAAGUCAUGCUUUGGCUGCUUUAGAGGAGAGCUCUAUCAGGAAGGUGUAUUUGGUUGGAAGACGUGGACCAGUCCAAGCAGCUUGUACUGCUAAAGAGCUCCGUGAAGUUCUUGGUAUUAAAGAUCUUUGUAUUCAUUUACAGGAGGCUGAUCUUCUUAAAACCCCAAAAGAUGAGGAAGAGAUAAAGAAUAAUCGAAUUCAGAGGAGGGUUUAUGAGUUGCUCUCUAAGGCAGCCACCACAGGGCCUUCCCAUCCAAGAUCUGGUCAACGUGAACUCCACUUUGUUUUCUUCCGGAAACCAGAUAGGUUUCUAGAGUCGGAUGAAAGAAGAGGUCAUGUUUCUGGUGUGCACUUUGAGAAGACAGUUCUUAAAGAUGUUGGUGAUGGAAAACGUGUUGCAGUUGGUACUGGACAAUUUGAAGACCUUGAAUGCGGGAUGGUGCUAAAGAGCAUUGGUUACAAAUCAGUUCCAGUUGAUGGUUUACCCUUUGAUCAUCAGAAAGGCGUGGUUCCCAACAUCAGAGGUCGAGUUCUACAUGAUACUUCAGGAGAUCCAACUCUGCUUGAGGAGGGAUUGUAUGUAUGUGGAUGGUUGAAAAGAGGACCAACUGGGAUAAUUGCUACAAACCUCUAUUGUGCCGAGGAAACCGUUGUGAGUAUAUCUGAAGAUCUUAAUCUAUUGACAUCAAAAGCCAGCUUGCCCAAGCCAGGCAGAGAGGGUCUACUCCAUUUAUUAGAUAACCGGAAAGUCAAAUUCUUGCAGUUCAGUGCCUGGGAAAAGAUAGACUCUACAGAAACUAGGCUUGGGAGUCUUAAAAACAAACCAAGGGAUAAAUUAACUACGUGGGAGGAGCUAAUCAAAGUUGCCAGGGAAUAAAUUAACACCCUUAUCGUAGGAAUUUUUUUUUCUUCUCUUGCUUGAAUAGUACCUCCCCCCCCCCCCCCCCCCCCCCUCUUUUUGUAUCACAGAAAAUAGAAUAAAGAAAAAAUUAUAGAGAAGAAUUUAUUAUUUUUCCUGUUGGAAUGCCCUGUUGAGCAUCAUGUUUGAGCCAUGAAUUCUUUUGGGCCAAAAAAAUUAUAGAGGGAUUCAUUCUUUUUACCUUCU